AUGGAGAACAUAUCCGCGCUGACGCCUCUCAAGCAGCCCAUCGUGUUCCACCUGGAGGGCUUCUACGUGCUGCCGGGCCACGGGCCCUUCUUCUUCUCCCUGCUGCUGCUCUACUACGCCGUGACACUGUGGGCCAACGGCAGCGUGCUGUGCGUCAUCGUCACGGACCAGAACCUGCACCGGCCCAUGUACGUGUUGGUCUGCAACCUGGCGGUGUGCGACCUGCUGGGGGCCACGGCGGUGGCGCCUCGCCUCAUGAUGCACUUCCUGACGGGCCAGAGGAAGAUCGCCUACGUGCCGGCGUUGGCCCAGGCCUUCUCCGUGCACAUGUACGGCGUCGCCGUGCAGACUGUUCUGGGCGUAAUGGCCUAUGACAGGUACAUUGCCGUGUGCGAACCUCUCCGGUAUCACGCCAUCAUGACGGGGGCUCGGCUGCACUCCUGCCUGGCGCUGGCCUGGUCCGUCGCGGUGCUGCUCAUCGCUCUGCUCUUCAUCUUCCACAUGAACUCCCCGCUGUGUGGCAACAUCAUCCAGCACGUCUACUGCAGCAACCGGGGCAUCCUGAACCUGGCAUGCGGCCCCACCCCCUUAAACAACAUCUAUGGUCUCUCCAUGAGCUGGUCUUUGAAUACCAGCAUCUUCCUCAUCAUUUCUUUCUCCUACAUCAGAAUCCUUCAUGCUUGUGUGAAACAGGGCGCGGCCGACAGCGGGAUGCGCAGUAAGACCUUCCAGACGUGCGCUCCCCACCUCGUGGUUUAUGUUCUCUACCAGAUAGCUUCAGUGGUGAUAAUUUGUGGGUUUGCGGGACCCUCGGGCCUGGGCGGUCCGGGGCAACGGGUCCUCGCACGAUCUCCCUUGGUGGUCCUCGGAAGGGGGCCAGACCAAGACUGA